CUUUGAGGAAAAAGAGGCAGAAAAAGCUGCCAGGCUAAAAGUUGUUUUUGAGGAAGUCUUUUUCUUUUUUUUCCCCCCUUAAAGCCGCACAUUACUGCUCACACACACACACACACACACACACACACACACACACACAUAACACACCACCUGGGCAGGCUCCUGUGAUCUGUGAUGCCCCACGGUGUGUCUGAUCUUCUAAAGAUUGCUCAAAAAAAGUGUUGAGGUCCAUGUUGACAAAUUAAGUGUCUUUCCUAUCAUUUCUUUGUGUCUGAGACGAAGCAGCAGCAGUCAAGUUGGAACAGGAGCUUGUCUGUUCGCAGGCGGUGUUAUCAUUUUUAGAAACCUUGCCAGGACAGACGAUGAAGGGGGGGUUUGCCCUGACCAGAAGCCUAGAGGCAGCCUGAGUCUCUCCUACCUUUCCCUUCUACUUACAGCAAUUACAGGCCUGCACCCGCAACUAUAAUAACGGUAUAAUGGGAUGGCAGCAGAGCAGCAAUAAAAGCCGCCCCUGACAGAUUAACAGUCCUCUCCAAGUUCUGAGCUGUAAUUAACAAUGAGACCGGAGAGGAACAGAGAAAAGAAAGGAGCUAGAUUGAAAGGUUGGAAAGAUAAAGUGAAGGGAUGGGCUGUCUUUGGAGUGAUUUAAUAAAAUUAGGAUGUCUUUUAUUGUCAACAUGGACGAGUCGGAGCUAGAGUCCUGCUAGAGUGGCGUUUUGAAAUCUCUAGAAUGGAUUUUUUAUUUCCAGUUUCCAUGUAAUCAUUUUAAUGUUGCAUAAAUAUUCAAAAAUAGUUUUUAACCAUUUUGGAAAAUAAGCCCUUUGGAAAAAAUUUAUAUUACGCUCAUCUGUGCAGCAAAUAUGAAGCCUACUACAGACGACACUCUGUUAGCUUUGAUUAGCUCAGCAAAAAGACUGAAAAAGAUUGACUGCCAAGGGUUAAAAAAAAAAAUCCACCUACACUGUAAAAAUAAAAGCCUGUGAUGUUACAGUUUUCCUUUGUAUUUUAGACAUACACAAAAUUAUCAAUAAAAUUACAAGAGUUUGCUUGUCAAAUGUAAAACAAAAUUAAAAACCUAACUUUUGAAGUUUGUUUUUUACAUGAAAAGAUAUAAAAUAUAUUCACAUGCGUAUUGCAAUAUCAAAUAUUUCCUUAUUACUUAGUAAAAUAUAUAUAUGUGUAGGGAAUUUAAUUUUGUAUACAUGUCAAGCUGUUGAAAAAAGCCAAAAGUACACAUAAUCUCAUGUAAAUUAAGGCCAAAAAUGCAUUUUAAUUGUGUGAAAUUGCUGUAUUUUCAUGAUAUGAUUAUUUUCUGGCAUUUGUUGGCACAUUAUCAGCUUGAAUAUUAUUGGGAGUUUUACAGUUUUUUAAGAGUGCACCAGAAACUCUAAAGCUCACUAAUUAACACGUGAUGUAUAAUUUCAUUUAACCACACACUCUCUCACACGCAAUAAACUGCACUUCACACGUUUAUGGGGAGUUUGUGUUGGACUAUUUCUAGGCUCUCAGCUGGUUGCCAGGCAACGGUCCCAGACAAGAAAACAUCUACUGCUACAGUAAAUCCAGCGACCAAGGUAAAUGCUGAAACAUUCAUAUUAUUGCUCAAUUCUGAGACACAGGAAGGUCCCAGUUUCUAUAUUUAAACUUGUAUUUCUCUCGCCAUGUUUCACAACUAUUUGUAAUAAGAUGCGAACAUAAAAAUCAAGCUGUCAGGGAUCAACAAGCUAACAACUAGCUAACAUUAGCGUAAAAAGGACAAUUUCUGGCAAACGGCUUCAGAACCUCGGCCUUACUGUGCUUUACAUGAUACAUAACUCCCUUUAAAUUUCUAAUUAUUUUGUUAAAAUCUGGCACGUUAAAUAAAGGAAGGUAUAAAGUGUUUAUAAGAAGUUUUACUAGAGUGGUAGGUAGCAUGCUAGCUGUUUCCCCGUUUCCAGUGUUUGUGCUAAGCUAAGCUAACCGGCUGCUAGUUCCUUUAAGCCCAUCAGCAGAUGUUUACCUGCGGAUGGAGGGCGGUGCGAGCAUUUUUGUGGAGAAAAUAAUUGCAAAAUGUGCAGCUGUGUGUGAGAGAGAGGAAGAUCACCCACUCCCUGCACUCUGGUGGCAUCCCGCCCCACCACCAGCACCACCACCACUACCGCCGCCACCUCUCCAUCUCCUCCCGCCUCCUGCAGACUCUCUCUGUCUGGAGCCCGGAGCGUCCCACUGAGGAUCCGCACAAUAAUGGAGCUGCAUCGUGCAGCAGGUCUCGGUGUUUUCAGCAGAGCUUUCAGCCCAGCGCACAUCAGGCUGGAGCUCCUUUAAACCAGGGAUCUGUACUUCACUGUAAAGGUUGCUCUUUUUUUGAAAUACACUGCACAAGUACUUCUUUCAUAUGUUUUCUGCGUCAUGUCUUUUUAUGUCGUCUAACUUUUUCCGUGUUUUGAUGUUUAUAUGAGGGGCAUUAAAAGGCCCACCAUGGUUUUUCCAACAUAAAUCAUCAUUUUUUUCCCCAACGUUUUAGUGCCGGCUGCUUUCUGUUUACCUAUACCGGGGAAUGGGAGGACCUCAUUGGGUUUUUUUUAAGCUGCAAGUAGAUUUUGUGGAAGCGGAUAUGGGCCAGUUUUUUGCUCCACAGAUGGCUCUUUCGGAGGUGAAAGUACGGGAGCUGCGCUGCUUCACAUGAGCCGCUCAGGUUUCUGUUUGGAGGACUUGCGACAUGGGCUGAGCCCUUGUGGUGGCUCUUUUCUCCUGAAAGCUGUUAAACGAGGAUGGACGACGGAAAACGGAGACGGUUAAAAAUCUGUUUUCGAUCAGAGUGACGUUAAAUACCUUCACCUUUUCUACGCGGAGAGCGCGCACGCACCGGCACGGACACCAGAGCUCUGAGCGCACCAGACUGGAACUGAAGCCAAAUUUCCAGUCACCGAAAUUUCAGAGUUUGACAGUGGAGUUUGGUUGUGGUGUAGUUUUUCCUAGUCGUGAUUUUGUUCCAUUAAUUUCAUUUUAUUUUUUAAAGUAGCAACUUAAAUGUAGAUUCUAUCGAGACUAAAUGACAAUGCGUCGUAGCGUGUCUGGUGUUAAAACAGGCAGGCAGUAUGUAAGACAAUAUUAUAAAUUUAUAGCAGACGUGUGGUUUUGAUCAAAAUAACCUACUACAACUGGAUACUGGGGUUUUCAAAUAGCAAAUUAAGUUUCCAAAGCUAAUUUCUGCGUUUUAAGCGCUUUUACGCACGCACAUUUUUCGCGCUUGGUUUUGGAGACGCAGCUUCAGUUACAGUCCACCGGUCACCUCAAGGGGAAUAUCUCCGUCCCUCCGUCUCCUCCCCGGACAAUGUGGCUCGCCCGCCUCUCGCUACUGCUGCUGCUCCGGUUCUCCGGUGUGUUGCCGGUGGAGGGGCUCAACACGUGCCAGUCCAUCAACCUGGACGCGCAGAAGUCUCGGCGCAUCGAGGCGGUACGCGGCCAGAUCCUCAGCAAGCUGCGCAUCCGCAGCCCGCCGGACGACGACGACGACGACGAGGCCCCGGUGCCCGGUUCGGUGCCACCGGAGGUCAUGCUGCUCUACAACAGCACGCGGGAGCUGCUGAAGGAGCGCGCGCGUCUGGGCGAAUCGGCAUGCGAGCGCGAGAGCAGCGAGGAGGAUUAUUACGCCAAAGAGGUGCAGAGGAUCGACAUGAAGCCCCCCCGCACCGACACCAAUGUGGUGCAGCCAGUAGCACCCAACCCCCAUUACAGAGUCGUCCACUUCGAUGUCAGCGGAGUCGACCUGACCAACAGCACCCUGGUCAAGGCUGAGUUCAGGAUCUUCAGAGCUCCCAACCCGCAGGCCCGGGCCUCGGAGCAGAGAGUGGAGCUCUAUCAGUUGCUAAAGCCAGACGAAGACAGCACCUCCACUCAACGUUAUAUUGACUCCCGCACCCUUCAGCCGAGGGCCAAGGGAGCCUGGAUCUCUGUGGAGGUCACAGAAACUAUAAAGGACUGGGUGUCAGAUCCAGAGAGUAAUCUUGGUCUAAAACUGGGCGUCCACUGUCCGUGCUGCACCUUCGUCCCAUCCACCAACAACAUCGUUCCCAACAAGAGUGAGGAGCUGGAGGCCCUGUUUGCUGGUUUGGAUGAUGAGCGGCUGCGACAGCUAAGAAAACCCGGUCAGGUUAAAGGCCAGGCGGACUUCAGCACCAAGACGCCGCACCUCAUCCUCACCCUGCUGCCCAGUGACAGAGUGGACAACCCGGCCAAGAAGAACCGCAAGAAGAGGGCAGCUGCCACAGACACCACAACCUGCUCUCGCGGCUCAGACCAGGGCUGCUGCCUGCGCUCGCUCUACAUCGACUUCAGGCGUGACCUCAACUGGAAGUGGAUCCAUGAGCCGAAAGGUUACAAAGCCAACUUCUGUGCCGGCAACUGUCCGUACCUCUGGAGUGCCAACAACCACUACAACAUGAUCCUGCCGCUGUACAACAAGCUCAACCCUGAGGCCUCCGCCUCACCCUGCUGCGUUCCUCAGGACCUGGAGCCCCUCACCAUCAUGUACUUCAUAGGCCGCACACCACGUGUUGAGCAGCUCUCCAACAUGGUCGUCAAAUCCUGCAAGUGCCGCUGAGGGAGGCGAGUUCAGACGGAGACGCGAGGGAGGCAGAGAGGAGAAGAAUGAUGACAGGACCAAAACUAAAAACUGCUUCUCUCAGGGGGGAACAAGUUGAGGAGGACAGAUGGAUCCUCUGUUCAUUAAGCUUCGCUCUUUGAUCACCUUUAGCAGACUUUUGAGAUGUUAUUUUUUUACGCUACCCAACGCAAAUAUCAGGAUUUCGUUCCCACUUUUUACAGGCAUGACACCUUCUUCGCUCUCUGGAACUUUCCGUUUGACAUAGGACACUGUAAAUAGGACGACAUAGCCCUCUUAAACCUGUACUUGGAUAUUGAAAUUAAAAGGCGGCGUUGUGUAAUUUGGCCACGUUUGGUGCGCCUGCUGCAGAAAAAGGAUUCUUUUUAUCAGGAUUUUGAUGCCGCCUCUGUCGUAUUCCUGUGGCCGUGGGCAGCGGAGCACGGCAGACUGUUUGCUUUAGGUUUGAAGGUGUCGAUAGGAUGGAGGCGGUGUGGAAAGGGCUGCAGACUGAGAUCUUCAGGCAGAGCAAGCAGGGAACAGAUAGAAAAGAGAGAGAGGAGCUGUGUCCAGGCAGAGGCUGUGCCAGCUCUCUGCGGUCCCCGGCUGAAAUCUGCCCGGCGUAAACAGGAUGUGAAAGAUUUCCAGACACCAACCCGACCACUCACGGAACGCUAGAUUUAAAUGCUCCCCUCAUCUCCUCUGUCUCCCUCUCUCUCUCUCUGUUGCUCGAGGUUCUGGGAUUUGUGGUGGGAGGAGAGAGGAAGAAAAGAGAGGCUUUGAAAAUGAGACGUGGGAUGGAUGAUAGGGCUGUAUUUGGAACGACUGUAAGUUUGGAAGGUGGUAUUUUGCAGCCUUAGCAAAUUUGUAACUAUUUGGGUCUGGCUCAAACAUUCCAUAAUCACACUCUCGUGCUCGUUUUCUGAAUGUGCAUUCAUUAUCUUAUUGUAAAAAGCUGUUGACUCAUUGCUGAUCCUCUGUUGUGAUUAUAUUUUGUCAUACCUAUGUUUACCAUCAGCCCCACUGAUUCACUCAGACUCUCUCUACACCCAAGUGUCCACAUUGACCACUUUUGAUAGAAUGUCUAAAUGCUGAAAAUAAAAAACAUCCCCAGGGCUCAUUUUAAA